GAAAGGACACUUCGAUAACAACACGGUUACUGAUUCAACCAUCUCGCUAGUCAACAUAAAACCGAAAUAUUGAAUCUUUUGCUAUUUUUGUGUAUAUUCAUCUCAGUGUUUUAAACACACAUUUGGUUAAGUAUCUACUGGUUAAAUGAACAUAAUUUACUUGUUACAUUUGCAAAUGUGUUAAGGUUAUUUCUGAACCUAGCACUAGGCUAGUCGCUAGCUAACAUCCCCGGACCAUGAGCACACUUAGAUACUCCACCCCUGCUAAAGAAGAGGAGGUCUGUUGCACAGAGAAAGAAUCUCUGGGGCUGAACUUUGUCGUGAAAGAAGAACAUGAGUAUAUUACAAUGAAAGGAGAUAAAGACGUUUUUAGAAUUAAACAGGAGGAAGAGGAGGCUAUCAUAUUGAAAGAAGAGAAAGAACCUUUUGCAGUGAAACAGGAAGAGGAGGUGCUCACAUUGAAAGAGGAGGAUGUUACAGUUAAAGAAGAGAAAGAAACUUUAGGAGGGAAAGAGGCAGAGGGGAUAGAGGCUGUCACAGUGGAAGAAGUGGAGGUAGAAUAUUUCAGAAUCAAAAAGGAGGAAGAGGAAGAUAUCACAUUGAAAGAAGAGGAGGAUGUUACAGUAAAAGAAGAGGAAGAACCUUUUAGAGAGGAGGAGGAGGCUCUCUCAAUAAAAGAGAAGGAGGAAGGAGAGGAGGAGACAGAAGAUCUGAUUAACACCAGAGAAAGACCAGACUCAGAGGAACCAGAGACGUCCAAACCAGCAAGACGACGCAACUGCUCCCACUGCGGAAAGGGUUUUAACCAGUUAAGGGACCUGAAAAGACAUGAGAGGACACACACAGAGCUACAUGCAGCCAGGCUGUCUUCCUUCAGGAAUCUAUGGAGAAAAUUGCUGCCCCACAUCUCCAGCACUAAGUCCAGGACAGACCUGUGCUGGCAGUGCCAAAGGAACAACAACUAUCAGGUCUUCAGAUCUGCCAGAAGCUGUUAAGUCAGCCAAGCUGAAGAAGCAAGAGCAGCAUCUCCUGCUUGUUCAGAGUGAGCGGUCUGUCUACCAGAAGAUGGUUGCUGACUGCAAGACCACCUGUCAAGACCUGCAGUUGUCUCUGGGGGGCCCUACUGAACCAGCAAGUAAAGACAUCAGGAUGCAUUACAGCUUUGGUUUUGCUCAACAAGUGCACUAUCCUUCUGACCCUAUGCAGCCAGGUCCUAUCUACUUUUUAACUCCUCGCAAGGGUGGCUUGUUUGGUGUCUGAUGUGAAGGAAUACCACAACAAGUCAACUACUUGAUUGAUGAAGGCAUGUCAUCCAGCAAAGGCAGCAGCACAGUCAUCAACUACAUGCACCAUUUCUUCACCAACUACGGAGUUGGGGAAACACGUGUGGACCUGAAUUGUGAUAACUGCAGUGGCCAAAACAAGAACAAGUUUGUGCUCUGGUAUUGUGCCUGGCGUACCAUGCACAACCUCCACCACAGUCUGGACCUUCACUUCCUGAUCACAGGCCACACCAAGUUUGCCCCCGACUGGUUCUUCAGCCUCAUCAAGCAGCGCUUCAGAAAGACCAGAGUGAACAAUUUGUCUGAGAUUGCUGGUGUUGUGAAGGACAGCACUGUGACAGGAGUCAACAUCCCACAGCUGGUUGGACUGGAGGACGGUACGGUGCUGGUGGAAAGCUAUGGCUGGCAACAACACCUGACUCCGUACUUCAGGCCGCUGCCACAGAUCAAGCAGUACCAGCACUUCAGAUGAAUAUCAUUUUCAUGGCAUUGUAUGAAAUGAAUGUAAUUAUCUAAACUUGGGAGGUGAAUUGAUGUUAUGAAAGGUUGUAAUGCCUUUCCUGUUUUACAGCUUCGAUGCUCUGGAGCCUGGUGUUGUUGUUAUUCCCUGUUUUACAGCUUCGAUGCUCUGGAGCCUGGUGUUGUUGUUAUUUCCUGUUUUACAGCUUCGAUGCU